AUGACGUGGGGCGUCCCAUACUGGACGGUAUCAUCGUCCUCGACCGCCAGACCCGUCCUUACCAUGCAGACCGGCUCUCGAAACGCCACCCAAGCUGAGCAUCGCAAUGAAUGGGAGGAAGUUUCCCCCGUGUUCAUCGAUGGCGAUGCAGACGUCGUCAGCCUCGACGGCAGCAGAACGCAUGACGACAUGCAAGUGCUGCACCUGACAAAGCUCCUCGACGAGGCGAAGCAAGAGAACCACCGUUUCGAGGAGCAGGUGCAGUCCCUGCUCAAUCAGUCCAUGACUGAGACAAGCAGCCUUCAGGCCAAGAUCGCAGAGCUGCGGCAACGGAACAAGGAGGCGCUCGCUGAGUGCGAACGGAUGAAGAAGGAGAAAGAAGAUAUUGUUGCAGCGCUCAUGAAGAAGAACGAUGUCUCCAAGGCGACAAUGCAGCAACAGAACCAGGAAAUGCGGAAAACCCUCGAGGAGCUGAAUAGUUCCACUGCUCAUGCUCAAGCCGAGCUACUGGAGGCAAGGAGCAGCAUGCUUGUGUACCGUCGGCAGCUCUCGCAGAGCUCCGCCCAACUCGAGUCCUUGCGGAAAGAGCAAUCCGUGAGGAUGAGUCUAACAGACCGGGUUGCUGCUCUAGAAGCCGAGCUGGAGGCCAAAGAUACAGAGCUCGCCGAGAUGAAGAAGCUUAGCUCGCAGGCCAAGAGCGCAAACGCAGCCCGCAAUGACUCAACAUCCCUGAUUCAAGAAUUCAACAACGUUCGCGCGCUGCUGGCAAACUGUAUCCCAGAGCGUCUCGCGGGUAUGAUGUCCUCGAGCAACGAGGUCGUCAGCGCUCUCCGGAAGCUGAACUCCGAUAUCCAUCAAGACGUUACAUUUAUGGCUGAGUCUAUGGCUGACUCCUUCGGGUUUGAGAAAGGAAGAGUGAAUGGGAAUGAGGAGACGGUGCUAUUCCAGCAAGUAGGCGUGACCAUUGGUGCAGGCCUCGUCCACUUCCUGUGCACCAAGAGUCAUAGCGAGGAUCCUAUUCUCAUCCAGAUCGCUUUCCAGGCGUACGUCUCCCAAUACCUCUGCUGGCUCUCGACAACAUGGAUCACUGGUGGAGGCAAGGAAAGACUUGGUACAGCUGACCAGAGUGGCACUACCCAGACAGUCACCGCAGCAUGGGAUGCACUGGCGCAUAUUCUCUCUAAGCAUCUCGAGCUCGACGAUGCUCAGUUGUGUUCCGCAGCCGCAUCCAAGAUCAUAGCCGGGCUCGCUGACAUAUUGCUCGUUGCGGGCUGCAACGCCACUCGAUCACAGCUUUGUGAUGCCCUAAAGCACAAGUUCAGCGAGAAGAUCUCGCUGCUUGCGAAGUCCGGUAUGCGCAUCAAUAGGCUUGUCUUCGACUCCGCGUGCAUGGACGAUGGGUACGACGACGGUGAACAUCACAAGGACACUGCAAACAACCGCGUUCUGUGUCCCACCGAUAUAGGUUUGUGGCAGCGUUCCAAGGGAGCCAAUGGCGGAAUGAGGAUCCUGUUGAAGCCAAAGAUCGCUCUGGAAUCUGUGGUUGAUAACUUGGACGACUGA